AUGGACACAUUCAACCCUUUGGUACCACAAGUUAUCACUAAUGUCGAGCAUAUUUAUGGUGAUGCCGCAGCUAACCAAGCUAGAUAUAAAGAGUUGGUCGAUCGUUUCUAUGAGCUGUACAAUGACAGACCUGCAUUCUUCUUCCGUGCACCAGGCAGAGUCAACCUUAUCGGUGAACAUGUAGACUACAGUGGAUAUCCAGUAUUGCCAUUUGCAUUACAACAAGAUACUAUAGUUGCAGCUUCAUUCAAUAAAUCAAAUACACAACUCAAUAUUGCAAAUGUAAACAAUGAACAAUUCUCUUCAAACUCUGUAGAUAUCACACAACCGGUGGAGAUCGAUAUGUCAAAACAUCACUGGACAAACUAUGUAUUGGCUGGUUGGAAAGGUGUACAAACUUCAUCGCCAAACACUCAAUUCAAAUCACUUAACCUCUUAUAUAGUGGAAAUGUACCAAUUGGAUCUGGUGUAUCUAGUUCAUCUGCUUUGGUAUGUGUUUCGACAUUGGCAUUCUCAUAUAUGCAUCAAUUGACCUACACCAAAGAGGAUCUCGCCAAUAUCUCUGUAAAGUGUGAGCGUUUCGUUGGCAUCGAAGGUGGUGGAAUGGAUCAAGCCAUCUCCUAUCUGGCCGAGGAGAGCACCGCCAAACUGAUAGAGUUCAAUCCACUGAGAACCAAGAAUGUAAAGCUGCCAGGUGGUGUCUCUUUUGUUAUUUCCAACAGCUUGGUCGAAUCCAACAAAGUCGUUACUGGCGCAUUCUAUUAUAAUCUUCGUGUGGUCGAGUGUCGUCUCGCUGCCGUGCUGCUCACCAAGAAGCUCGGUCUCAACUGGACCGCAAUUCGUCGUCUCAUCGACGUCCAAAACCUGUCGACUCUCACACUGGAACAGCUGAUUGCCAAAACAUCGGAACUGCUUCAACCCGCCGCCUACACACGCCAGCAAGUCGCCGACGAGUUGGAGAUGUCGGUGGAGCAACUGGUCCGAGACUACUUCCCCUCGGGAAUCCAAGUGACUGCCGAGCAUUUCGAACUUCAGAGACGUGCACUCCAUGUGUUCACAGAGACUCUGCGUGUCUACCAGUUUGCGCAGAGCUGCGCCAACAACGAGUCACCAGUCGACCUCGGUCAGCUGAUGAACGCCAGCCACUUUAGUUGUGCCGAGCAAUUCGAGUGCAGCUGUCCGGAGCUCGAUCGUCUCACCUCAAUCUGCCGAGAUGCGGGUGCCUAUGGUUCGCGUCUCACCGGUGCCGGCUGGGGAGGCUGUGUCAUCUCACUCGUCCCCACCGACAAGCUCGCCGCCUUCACCGAACAAAUCGAACAACAAUACUACUCGAAACUCAACAAACUUCCAGCCGAGAAAUCAUCAUACCUCUUUAGCACAACACCAUCUUCCGGUGCCAGUAUUGUAGUAUUACCAGAUCAACAUGCUUAA